AUGGGACUGGUGCUUAUGUUUACCAUCUUUGGUAGACUUGCAUCUGUCACAGGACAUAUCCGUGCAAUCUCAUCACAAACCUUGGAGUAUCUAUAUUUGUGCAACAUCAAGCUACAGGGCAAUAUUCCACAAUCAUUUUUCACCCUUGUAAACCUAACUGAAAUAUGUCUAUCAUCAAACAAUUUCAGUGGUUUUUUCUUCACCGAUGGCAAUUACGAUUUCUCUCGCUUAGAGAGAUUGUAUUUAUCUUCCAUGGGUUUAACUGAAUUUCCAAAAUUAUCAGGAAAAGUGCCAAAUUCGAUAGAUCUAGAUCUGUCCAACAACAAAUUCAAUGGAACAGUGCCCGAAUGGUUGCAUGAAAUGGUUUCGCUACAAAGUUUGUAUUUAUCCCAAAACUUGUUGAUUGGUGGCAUCUCUUCCUCGAUAUGCAACGCAAGUUCAAUGGAGUUCUCAACUUUUUUGCGAGCCAAUAAGUUGCACGGUCCCAUUGUAAAUUUGGAAACCGAACAUCAAUUUCCCAGUUUGAUUGUUUUUGAUAUCUCAUCCAACAACUUCAACGGCUUACCAAAAGCCUACAUACAAAAUUUUGAAGCUAUGAAGAAUGUCAUUCAAGAAGUGGAGAACCGUCUUCAGGAAUACAUUGACAUUGGUAAUUCAACAGGCAUUGAUUCUAUAAUUGAUCAUGAGAUUGUUUCUGCGACUUUAACUACAAAAGCAAUGAGUAUGACCUUCAACCAAAUUCCAAUCAACUUGGUAGCCAUUGAUUUAUCCAGUAACAAAUUUGAAGGAGAGAUUCCAACUGUCAUUAGAGAGCUUAACGCACUCAAAGCGCUUAAUCUUUCCCAUACAGACUCAGUGGUCCAAUACCGGAAUCCAUGA